AUGUCGGAUUCAGAAGAGAUAACGGAGUUCUCCAGCAUUGUCGAGCGGAUAACAAGAGGAGAGGUACCUAUCAAGAAUAUCGAACGGGAACUUAUCUGCCCGAUCUGCAAGGAAUUGUUCACGCACCCGCUUAUAUUGCCCUGCCAGCACAGUGUAUGCCACAAAUGUGUGAAAGAGCUUUUGUUACUCAACCAUGAAGACUCUUUCAGCACUGAUGCGGGAUCAGAGAACUCAAAUCCGGGGAGUCCUCGAUCCAGGGUCCCCUCUCCCAGUAUGGAGCGGCUGGAUCGGUUGGUGAGAUCAGCCACCUUGAGAAGGUCGUUUGGAGGGAGAGGGUCUAUCUCUUCCCCUGGAUGGAGGCGUUCCUCCGUCACGCCCCGCGUGACCACAUUCCCCUGCCCGGGGUGCCAGCACGACAUCGACCUCGGCGAGCGAGGGAUCAGCAUGCUCUUCCGCAACUUCACGCUGGAGAGCAUUGUGGAGCGUUACCGGCAGGCGGCCCGCGCCGCUGUGGCCAUCAUGUGCAACAUGUGCAAGCCCCCCCCUCAGGAGGCCACCAAGAGCUGCAUGGACUGCAAGGCCAGUUACUGCAACGAGUGCUUCAAGCUACACCACCCCUGGGGUACCCCCAAAGCCCAGCAUGAGUAUGUGGGCCCCACCACCAACUUCAGGCCAAAGGUGCUGAUGUGUCCUGAACACGAAAUGGAGAAAGUCAACAUGUACUGUGAGGUCUGUCGCCGUCCCGUGUGUCACCUCUGCAAGCUUGGGGGUUCUCACGCUAAUCACAAAGUGACAUCCAUGGCCAGCGCUUACAAAAUUCUCAAGGAGAAGCUAUCGAAGAGUAUCCAUUACUUAAUCAGCAAAGAGGAUCAGGUCAGGAGUCAGAUUUCUGAACUGGACGUGUUGAUUCGUCAGACAGAGGAAAAUGGACAGUUGGCGGAGAGGAGGGCGAACGAGCACUUUGAGCGUCUUUUCGAGACGCUGCAGGAGAGGAAAACCGAGAUGCUUAGAUCCAUCGAGCAGUCGAGAAACAGACGCCUCGACAAGCUCCGUGGCCAAGUGGAUGAGUACCAGGGUAUGCUGGAAAACAGUGGACUGGUGGGUUACGCACAGGAGGUCCUGAAGGAGACCGACCAGUCCUGCUUUGUCCAGACCGCUAAACAGCUGCACAUCAGGGUUCAGAGGGCCACGGAGUCACUGAAGACCUUUCAACCGGCGGCCAACUCCUCCUUUGACGAAUUUAUCCUGGACACAUCAAAGGAGGAGGCCCUGUUGAAAGACUUGUGCUUCGACGGAGUUCCUGACCCUCCCAUGAUCGACCUGUCUCGGAGUCGCGUGUAUAACGAAGGCCUAAUUCACUGGAGGCUCCCGGAGGACACCCUACCCACGGACCACCACGUCCUGGAGUACAGGAAGGUGGACUCAGAGGGCGAGGGUCACUGGCAGGCCGCGGACAGGGUGUACGGAGCCAGCACCGUGGUGUGCGACCUAGACACCGGCAGCGUUUACGCCUUCAGAGUCCGCAGCUGUCGUAACACCAUGCAUAGUCCCUACAGUCCCGAGGUGACUUUCCACACUCCGCCCGCCCCUGUGUUUGGCUUCCUGUUUAAUGAGAAAUGCGGCUUCAGCGCAGAGCGACUGAUGUUGACUAAGAGGAGAGAUUCGGUAGAAAGCGUCGCCGGCAUGACCUUCCUUUUAGCCGCUGAGCGCGUGCAGACAGGAAGUUACAUCUGCCUGGAUUACAUCAUCGGUGACACGGGCAUCUCUCAAGGCCGUCACUUCUGGGCAUUCCGUGUGGAGCCCCACUCGUUCAUGGUGAAAGUGGGCGUGGCAUCUGACUCCAAACUUGCGGAAUGGUUUCACAACCCGCGUGACACUAGCAGCCCCAGGUAUGACCACGACAGCGGACAUGACAGCGGCAGCGAGGACACGUGUUACGAGCUCUCGCAGCCCUUCAUGCUGAUUACCGUGGGGAUGGGCAAGCUCUUCAUACCAAAGGCCUCGGUCGGUGCCGCCGGCGACCACGGCAACCGCGUGCUUCCCAUGCCCCAGCGCGUCGGCGUCUGCCUGGACUACGACGCGGGCCGGGUUUUCUUCUACGACGCCGACAGCAUGCGCUGUCUCUACGAGAGGCAGGUGGACUGCACGGGUACCAUGUACCCUGCCUUCGGUCUGAUGGGAAGUGGUGCAGUUCACCUUGAAGAAUUCAUAACCGCCAAGCGACUCUCUUACAUGUGA